AUGCUGGUCUUCGGAUGGAAGAGCAAAGACGUGUUCCCCGUCUCAGGCGGUCGGGUCGGUCAACGAGCUGGAAGGUGGGAUUUCCGCCAAGUAGAAUUGGCCCCUCUUGGGUCGUGGACUCUACGUCGUGGAGAUAUUGUCAAUGUAGACACCAGACACAGCACCGCCUUUGCCAAGGUUUCUGAUGUUCGAAGCCUUGAUGAUGGCCGCUUUCUUGUGGUUUACUGUUGGCUAUAUACUAGGGAGGACAUCCUUGAUGAGCUCAAGAUUGACAGCGCUGUCCCUUCGUCGGCUCUUGCCAAUUUGAAUCAGAUGUGGCCACCCGGAGUGCGCUACAGCUACAUGCUGAGCACUAACCGAACAAUAACCAUCUGGGAUACUGCUAUUGAGCGCGUCCCACCAGAGAUUUCGUCCAGUCUAUGCUACAGUGCAAUUUACAGCACGACACCUACGUCGCGUCGGAUUUGGAGCAUAGACAACAAACGGUUUCAGUGGAUGAAGAAAAUUCUCCACCUUGAACCCGGAGAGACAGUGGCAUGA